AUGGAACCUCAAGAAGUCACCCAGUAUUCUCAUCUGAGAGAUGAUCAAAUUAAAGAAAGCAAUGAAGCAGCUGCGUGGAUAGUUUUACAGGAUAUAAAGGAGAGAGAGGAGAAAGAAGUUGUACAGGGCUACCCUAUGUUGGACACCACAGCUACAGAAGGAGAAGGUGCAAAUGAAGAAGAAUCCAGAGAUGAAAUAACUCCUGCUGGCAGUUCAGCCUCAGCCUCUGUAGAUGACAGAAGCCAGGAUGGCGGGACCAGCAGCAAUGACCAGGAUAAAGGCCAACAAAAGGAGCCAAUCCCUGGGAGCACAAAAGGCCAUCAGGCUUCCCCACGUCUACCAGGCCAGCUGUCCCGCAACCGCCACAGGUUCACCGAGUUCCAGCUCCAGGAGCUGGAGCGCAUUUUCGAACGUAAUCACUAUCCUAGUGCUGCAGCCCGAAGGGAGCUCGCAAGAUGGAUAGGUGUGACAGAAUCCAGAGUGGAGAAUUGGUUUAAGAGUAGGAGAGCCAAGUACAGGAAAUGCCUGAGGAUGUAAGUGCUCUGAAGUGCUCCUCAUGGUGCUCACUGUAGCUGCACCUUUCCCUAAAGAUUGCGGAGGAGAACUAGAGAACCACCUUUGCCCAGAAGCGGAUGAGAUUUUGCUGCCACCAACCCAUUGUUCUAACCACUCCCCCCUCCUAUCUUACUCUUAUCUCCUCAGCUCUUUUAAUUGCAAUAAAGUGGUGAAAUCUCAAUA